GAAUAGGGCAAUCAGAUGAGAUGGAUUUGAAUACUCUAAAGACCAUUGCUUCUGAUGCAGUCGACAAACAUAAAGACGAAUUAAAUGAAUUAAGUCAAGCUAUAUGGUCUGUACCAGAGCUUAACUUCAAUGAACAUUCUGCUCACAGAGUUUUAACAAAGUUUCUAGAGAAGGCGGGAUUUAAAGUUGAGAGAAAUUUUAUCCUAGAGACGGGAUUCAGAGCAACUUAUGGUGAUAAUGAUUCGUCUAAACCUAAUAUUUGUGUGAUAUGUGAGUAUGAUGCUUUACCGGAAAUAGGACAUGCUUGUGGACAUAAUCUAAUAGCUGAAGUUGGUGUUGCUACAGGAUUAGCUAUUAAAGCUGCCAUGGACGCUUCGCCGGUUCCACUCGGGAAGGUAACUGUUCUGGGGACACCUGCCGAGGAAGGUGGUGGUGGAAAAAUCGAUUUAAUCAAUGCGUAUGUAUUUGACGAUAUCGACAUAGCAAUGAUGUCACACCCGGCGCCAUUUGACCAAUCAAGACCAACGUUACUGUCUUACGUCAGUUGUAAAGUCGUGUAUAAUGGACGAGCUUCACAUGCGGCUGGUUUUCCAUGGGAAGGUGUGAACGCCCUAGAUGCCGCUGUUCUGUGUUACCAGAAUGUAUCCUGUUUAAGACAACACUUUAAACCACUAUGGAGAGUUCAUGGUGUCAUAACAAAAGGUGGAUCUAAACCAAACAUUAUACCAGAUUUAACGGAAUUAGAAUAUUAUUGUCGAGCACCAACUGAUACUGAACUAGAUGUAUUGAAAAAUAAGAUCAGUAAAUGUUUUGAAAGCGCUGCUGUGGCUACGGGUUGUACGGUAGACGUUCGUUUCGGCGAAAGAGGUUACUCAAGUUUAAUAAGUAAUAACAUCAUAUCAGAAAUAUUUGAACAGAACGCUGCCGAGAUGGGGAUUGUUCUUUCAACUAAGUCAGAAGAACCAACAGGAUCAACUGAUAUGGGAAAUGUGACUCAUGUUGUUCCGGGUAUUCAACCAUUGUUCUGUAUCGGAGGAAUCGCUGCAACACACACGAAGGACUUUCAAGUGGAAGCGGGUUCAUCAGUUGCUCAGAUGUUUACUUUAAGACAAGCCCGAGUCCUUGCGAUGACUGUCUUAGAUAUAUUCGCUAAACCAGAAUUAUUAACUAAAAUAAAAGAAGAAUUUAUCAAUGACACAAUGUAAAGUAUGUAAUUAAUUUAAUAAUACUAUUAAAAAUAUUAUACAACCUGUUUAUCUUAUUAAAUUCAAAUAUACAUUUCAAGAACAUUCCUAAAAUUUAUCCUCCAAACGGCGCACUAUUAAAGUUGCUAGUAAUUUUUAUCUAGAAAGCUGUGUUUGUGUUAUUUCAAUGUUUUCCUAUCACUUAAUGCCUUAUAAACAAUAUGUCCUCCAAACCCGAUCCUUGUUAAGCGCAAGCUUAAGUUCUAAACUACGCCAGUUCGAGACUAUGCGUAAGAUUACCCCCCCCCCUCCUCCUAUCAAGGCCAAGAUAGUCGAGGACCUGGGUUACUAGUUAUCUAACUAGCAUGGGAGAACCACCCCUGAGGCCAAUCCAGUUACUACCAGUUACCUAGCUAACAUGGGAGAACAAUCCCGCAAGGCCAAGCAUGCCAUGGACCUGGGUUACGAGUACACAACAUAUCCAAUGAAAAAUAUUUUAUUUUGAUACCUUUUGACCACUUUCCGAGUUUUCCGUUUUCGUAUAGGCCAAAGUACAAAACUCGGAAAACUCGGAUAUUCGAUUAUAACUGCCAUAUUGCAUUAUUUUGGUUAAAAUAUAACUGAAAAGUUACAGAUUAUGUCCAACUUAUUAAAUAGAUGUAUUACUACAACUACUUUCGCCAAUUUAAAAAAAAUAAUAUUUUUGAUAAUUUUCCAACU